AUGACGAUCAGGUGUCGACCUGCUACCAGAAGAGGUAUACUCUCCACAGUGAGUUCAGUAUACGACCCAUUAGGACUUCUUUCUCCUUUCAUCUUAAAAGCCAAACAAUUACUUCAGGAACUCUGCAAAUCCAUGUAUGGAUGGGAUCAUGUCAUUCCCCAGGAAUUUGCAAAGGCUUGGCAAAGAUGGGUCAACGAGUUAAAUAUGCUACAUGACUUUCAAGUUCCAAGAUGCAUGAAGCCUGAAAACUUUGAUCCUGUGGAAACUGCUGAACUACAUCACUUUUGUGAUGCAAGUGAAUCAGGCUAUGGUACAGUCAGCUACCUCAGAUUAUCAAAUCACCAAGGUCAAAUCCAUAUCUGCUUCAUAUUUGGAAAAGCUAGAGUGGCACCUCUAAAGCAGAUGACCAUACCCAGACUGGAACUCACAGCAGCAACAUUGGCUGUUAAGGUGGAUCGAAUGCUAAAGAAGGAGCUGCAUUUACCACUUUCUGAUUUAACCUUCUGGACAGAUAGUACCUCUGUGUUGAAAUAUAUUCACAAUCAAACUAAAAGAUUUCACACUUUUGUAUCCAAUAGGAUUGCCAUAAUCCAUGACCUGUCCCACACCAGCCAGUGGAGAUACGUAAGUUCAAAAGUAAACCCAGCCGACGACGCAGCAAGAGGGCUCUAUGUGGAAUCUUUCUUAAGAUCAAAAUGGCUGACCGGUCCUGAAUAUCUCAACAGAGAAAAAAGAACAUGGCUGAAGCACACAGAAGGUCUGAAAGAAAUACCAGCGAACGAUCCUGAGGUGAGAAAGGAGAUCACAGCGGUACCUAAACUGGGCAGCGACAGGCCGAGAGGACCUGAGGGCUCAGCCGGCAUAAAGGUGCGUCGGAGGGCUCUGGCGCCACCUCCCGGGGAGGGCAAGAAAACAGAAAAAGGUGAUCGGAAACCAGAGACCUUGGGAGACCAAACUAAACGGAAACAGAGGACUAAAGGGGACUAA